UUAUUGGGAGGGCUGAGCUAAGCUUCUAUGUAAGAAAAAAAUGACUGCCCCUCCACUUGUUGAAGUCGAUGAAUCGGUAAUUCUGGACCUCAAGCAGAAACUCCUAGACCCCAAUACAACCUUGCCGGAAAAGUAUCGGAUUCUUUUCUCUCUGCGGAAUGUGAAAGGCGCAGCCGCGCAUGACGCACUUGAACUAGCUCUGACGGACGAGAGCGCGCUCUUCCGUCACGAUGUCGCUUUUUGCCUCGGCCAACGGCAAGAUGCGCGUGCUGUGGAGGUGCUUACCAACAUCCUUCACAACACCGGGGAGCACCCUAUGGUGCGACACGAAGCGGGAGAGGCGCUGGGUGCCAUCGGUACGGAGGAGUGUUUGGCUCCUCUCCGCGCGCACCUUAACGACGAAGUUCUUGAGGUGGCAGAGACCUGCCAGUUAGCGCUGCAGCGGAUAGAGUGGCUCCGAGACCACCCAGGCGCCACCAACGAGGAGUCGCCGUACUACAGCGUUGACCCCACGCCCGCCCUGCCCACCAGCAUACCCACAGAGGAGCUGCGGGACGUGUUGCUGGACGAGAAAAAACGGAUGUUUGACCGCUACUCGGCGCUGUUUGCGCUGCGGAAUAAGGGUGGUAAGGACGCGGUGGCGGCGCUGGGGGCGGUUUUCGGCGCGCGGUCGGCGCUGUUGAAGCACGAGGUGGCUUACGUGAUGGGUCAGAUGCAGGACCCUAAGGCAGUGGAGUUCCUCACAUUCGUGCUCAAGGACGGCUCGGAGCACGCCAUGGUGCGCCACGAGGCCGCGGAGGCACUGGGCGCUAUCGCGGACAGCGUCACCAUCGGUCUGCUACGGGAGUUCGCCACGGACCCAGAGCCCAUCGUAGCGCACAGCUGCGAGGUGGCGUUGGACGUGCUGGACUUCGAGCAGAGCGGCCAACUCGAGUACGCAGACAAGGGCGAUGGCGAUAAGGGCAGCGGUGCAGGGGAGGCGAGGCGGCCCAUCUGUCCAUGCCGGGGUUGA